AUGUCCACGAGCAGUAGUAGCGCGUCGAUCAACGCUUUGUUGAAGAAGACUGAGCAUUAUGACAAAGAUGAACGAUACAUGGCAACGUCCGAUCUUUGCGAGGUGUUGAAGCGACACUCCUCAGGAGAUUCUCUUUCCGUGCUAAGCGACAGUUCCACGGAACGCAGGAUUUGUACCGCAGUGCUCCGCUUGCUUCACGACAAAUCCAAUGAUGUCCAAGCAAUUGCAGUGAAGACUUUGGGGGUACUAUUGACGACUGUCAAGGAAGAACAGGUGUUGGAAAUUGCUGACUCGCUCACCGAUCAAGUCUUGGAUGCCUCAAAAUCGGAGCUUCGUGAUGUCUAUGCAAUUGGCCUUAGAACUUUGGUCAAGACAAUCCCCCCCAGUAUGGGCGAUUUGACGUCUAAGCGCUUGGUCGGUAGGCUGCUGGAUGGUAUUCGCACUUCCCAAAACGAAGAAAUUGUUUUGGCGUGCUUGGAUAUUCUAACUGACCUGUUGGGAAGAUUCGGCGCUAGCGCUGUUAGUGUGACAAGACAACAUGAACCAAUUCUUCAAAUGUGCUUACAACAGCUGGUUGGACCUUCACUUGUUGUACGCAAAAGAGCUGGCAAUACGAUUGGUUGUCUGAGUGUGGUUCUGUCGGAUGCCUUGCUUGGGAGCAUGGUGGAACGAUUGCUUUCUCAAAUUGAUUCAGCCGCUGGAAACCCCGAUGACACUCGUGCACUUAUCCGGACCAUGUGUACCGUGAGUGGAGCCGUUGGACACCGUCUUCAGCAGCCACAAAUUGACCGUAUUCUUCCAAUAUUCUUGAAAUUCACAAAUCCCCAUAAUGCAAUGACUGGUGAUGAUGAAGAUGACAUGUCUCCUUCGGUAGAUUACGACAUGCAAGACGAGGCAGCAGUGGCCGUCGCAAAUGAAUUGAAAGAAUCUUGCUUCAUGGGUUUUGCAAGUUUCGUAACAAGGUGUCCAACUCAGGUCGAGCCGCAUUUGGAAAAGAUUAUUGAGGCUUCCCUUGCAUACAUGAGCUAUGAUCCAAACUAUUCAUAUGGUGACGAUGAUGAAGAUGCCGGCGAGGACGAAAGUGGGGAAUAUGAUGACGAGAGUGGAGACGACGAGUACGAGGAUGAGGAUUCAGAGGAUGACGAUGACGACGAUGAGUCGUGGAAAGUUCGUCGCUCUGCAAUUCGAACGUUAAAAGCUGUCGUCGAGGCAAAGAGGCACAGUCCUGCUGCACUGUGGACGGUGACUUACAAGACUCGACAAGGUCAAGCCGCAAGUGUUGCAAUGGCUCUUGUAACGCGUUUCAAGGAAAGAGAAGAGAACUGUCGAUCCGAUGUUUUGGACUGUUUUACAAAGCUGCUAUCAGUCACGGUAGAUGCUGCAAAGGCUGGGUUUGUUACUUUGGCGAGCGACGAUAUGGAUACAGGUUCGGUAACUUCCAUCGAUCUCAGAACAAAGUAUGCGCCUUCGCUUGUGAAGGGGUGCGAGAAGCUGUUGGGUGUGAAGAAAGGUGGCGGAGAGAGAUCGAAGUCCAAUGCACUCGUUUUGUUGAGCACUCUUUGCAAGGCGCCUGGAGGUAUUGGUGGUGAGCAUGCGAUCAUAUCUGUAUUUCAGCACAUACGGUCAUUCCUCGCAGAUAGUGACAGUCACACGUUGCAUCGCGAGACUUCGAGCAAGACUCUGCGCCUUGAUGCACUAUCACUUGUGUUUGCGAUGUUGUCAUGUGGAAACCAUGACCCUGUACAUAUCCGUAAAGGUCUAACUCAGAUCCUUUUGCCGCCACUUUGCGAGGCUGUGAAGGAACAGUGGUACAAAGUAAUUGCUCAAGCCUUGCGAGCACUAGCUGCUGCACCACAGUUCUUUGUCGAUGGCUUUAAUUCGAACGAGCAGUCAGAAGAAGAAAAGCUCGAAGAGAUGAAUGAAGUAGCAAACAAGAUAUUCUUGGCCAUCAAGCCCCUUCUAGCUGUGCAUGAUGUCGAUCAGGAAAUCAAGGAAUGUGCUUUGGAAGCUUGUGCGUGCUUACUGGGUUCCUUGCAUUCAAAUCUUAGUGUAGAACAGAAGAACGCUCUUCUUGGCCUCGUGCUGGAACGUCUCAAGAAUGAAACAACAAGAAUUUCCGCAAUCAAAACACUGUCGUCUAUAUGCGAUACAAAUCCAGCUUCAACACAGGGGAAGAUCGACUUGAGUUCUAUGCUGCGAGAAAGCAUUGAGACUAUGGCAGGGUUUUUGAAGCUACAGUCAAGGAGCUUGAAGCAGUCGUCUCUAGAAGCGCUAGAUACCAUGAUAAAAAAUCAUGGAGCAGGAGACGACAAGGCGUUGUAUUCCCGAGUGUUGGAAGAUUUAGCUCAUCUGAUUGCUGAUUCAGAUCUGCAUAUCAGUCAUUUGAGCCUCCGGGUUUCUCAUUCUGUAUUGAAGAUUUGUCCAGGUUGCGGGCCAGCAGUGAAAGGUUUUGUUCUGCCACAAGCCCUGGCUCUUUCUACCUCCCCCCUUCUUCAAGAUCUGGCUCUAGAGUCAUUGUUGGCUCUGCUGCAGCAGGUUGUUGUCAGCGAAGCUGUUGAUUUUGAAGAGUUGAUGGGAAUGUUGCGCGGUCGUUUGGAUGAAGCAUCACCAAGCAAGCAUGCGAUUUACAACCUUGGAAGGUGUAUUGCAAUUAUUACUGCUUCGACGACUGAGGUGCAUCGACAGAAAUUGAUCGCUGAAACCCUAACUCUGUUAGAAGGGUCAAAAACUCCUAGCGAUAGGGUGGCUCUGAAGAAAGUCCAGCUUGCUAUUCUUGUAUCGGGUGAUCUUGGGCGCGCGAUGGAUCUCAGUAGCAUUCCGGGAGUCGCAGAUGCAUUGCCAGCGAUCUACAUGGGCUACUUCGACUCGGGUUCAGAAGAUUUGAAACACUCUGCGGCAUAUUCCCUGGGUAGAGCUACAGUUCAAGCACAGUCAACGUUCCUGCCUGCUGUUGUUGAGGCCCUUGAGAAGAAUGGGGAGAAAAAACAGUAUCUACUUCUCUCUGCUCUUCGCGAAUUCAUCCAGUGCAGUGAUGGGCAAAAAGGUGGAGCUGGCGUGAAUGCAAGCCUUCAGGUCAUCUUGCCUCACUUGGAAAAACAUAGCUCGGACGAUGAGGAGGGCAUUCGUACCAUGGUUGCUGAGUGCUUUGGAUCAUUGGCUUGCAUGCAGCCAUCGCCAAUACUCAAACUUCUCGCACAGAUUGCACAUAACCAUUCUGCAAUCACAACGAAAGAUGGAACUGUCGAUGGUGUUGAUACUGCGUCCCAAAAGAAUGCAUUGGUUGUUGGUGAUUUAAUGAAGGAAUCGAUCAUGCCUUCGCUCUACAAGGUUGCAGAAUUGAAGAUGGAACGAAAAGUUGAUCUUGGACCUUUCACACACAAGGUGGAUGAUGCUCUGCCCCUGCGAAAGGCAGCGCUUAGUAUCUUUGCAACGUGCCUAGAAAAGCUCCCUGGCACUUUGGACAUGAAUGCAUUCAUGCCGGUUCUUGCAAAAGCUCUCAGCGAUGUUGAGGAUAUCCAGUUGCAAGCCCACCAGAUUGUAAUUAGCAUGUGCGUCCGCCAACCAACUCACAUCACUUCAUCCGUUGAAUCAUUUGUUGAUCCUCUUGAGAAAACUAUGCACAAAAAGCCAGGCCAAAAGACUGGUACAGAGCUUGAGCGUUUGAAUGAAUGGAUCAAAAGUGCUAUCCGUACCAUGACAGCCAUGGGACGUGUACAAGGAACCAUGAAUUCUCGAAAAUUUGCAGAAUUUUAUGAACGCACCAAGGCGAACUCAAAAUUCCGCGCCAUAUUUGACGCCCUUGACGAAGAAAAAUGA